UUGGCAUAAACACCCAUCUAACCCCUCAUUCCCACAAUUUCACCAAAAAUCACCAUGUUCACCUUCAACAAAACCAUUAUUCACUCCAUCCACUCUCAUAUCACUUCACACCCUCUAAUCUCCCUCUUCAUCCUCACCCUUUUCCUCAUCGAAAUCACCCUCUUCUGCUCCCACUCACCGCCGCCACAACCACUAUUCCCACCAACCGACAACCUCUGUACCGACGGCACAAUCUACGUCUACGACCUCCCACCCAUGUUCAACUCCGACUUACUCGGAACCUGCGACGAUCUAGACCCCUGGCACUGGCAGUGCGGCGUCGCCACCAACCACGGUUACGGCACCACCGCCACCGAGCUCGCCGGAAUUGUACCAGAAAGUUUAGCAUCAGCAUGGCACCGUACCAACCAGUUUUCAUCCGAGGUUAUUUUUCAUAAUAGGGUUCUGAAACAUAAAUGUAGAACUAUGGAGCCGGAAUCUGCUACAGCAUACUACAUACCCUUCUACGCUGGACUCGCAGUGGGGAAAUAUCUGUUUUCCGACAGUAGUAACGAAGAACGUGAUUUUCAUGCCGUGGAGUUAAUAAAGUGGGUCCAGGAUCAACCGUACUGGCGAAGAUCCAACGGCUCUGAUCAUGUUCUUGUCCUGGGCCGCAUCACAUGGGAUUUCCGCCGGUUAACCGACCCGGAAAAGCUCUGGGGGUCCACUUUCUUAAACAUGCCGGAAAUGCAAAACGUCACGAGACUCACAAUUGAGAGAGCACCGUAUGACUACCAUGACAUCGGUGUACCUUACCCCACCGGAUUCCACCCCACUUCAGUAACCGAUAUCCGCACCUGGCAAAGCUUUGUCCGAACCUACAACCGAACCAGCCUGUUUACGUUCGUGGGUGCGGCUCGGGAAGACAUUGGAGAUGAUAUUCGAGGACUGUUGUUACGAACCUGUAGGAAUGAGUCCGGGUCUGGGUCCGGGUCGGGUGCUUGUCGGGUGGUUGACUGUGCGUUGACUCCGUGUGCUAACGGAAGUAAGGAGAUAAUAGAGGCGUUAUUGGGGUCUGAAUUUUGUUUGCAGCCGAGAGGGGAUAGUUUUACUAGACGAUCGGUUUUUGAUUGUAUGAUUGCGGGUUCGGUGCCGGUUUUGUUUUGGAACCGGACGAUGUAUGAUCAAUACGAGUGGUAUAUGCCGGAAGAGCCGGAGAGCUACUCGGUUUUUAUAGAUCAUGGUGAUGUUUCGGCGGGGAAGAGAUCGAUAAAGGCGGUUUUGGAGAGUUAUAGUGUGGAAAAAGUGAGGAGGAUGAGAGAGAAAGUUAUUGAAAUUAUACCGAAGAUUGUUUAUAGUAACAGUAAUAGUAGUAGUAGUAGUAAUGAUGGGAUGAAAGACGCUUUUGAAAUUGCGGUGGAGGGGGUUUUGAAGAGGUUUGGAGCGGAAAGAGAGCAACUACGGCUAGAAUCUGUUGGAAAAGGUUUUUUGGAAAGUCCGUAGAAAACAUGAUAUAUGCGUUACUAUGACGGUUAUAUCAUGGUGUUGUGUUUUUGUUGAUCGUAAGGACGUAAUGGAUGUGUGAUGUGUUGGGAAACAAAUUUCUGAUUUUGUUUGAUUUUUGAUAAAAAUGUAUAACACCGAUUGGGAAGGACUUGUUAUUUGUUAA